CACAUCCCCUAACGGAUGAGACCAUUUAAAUAGUUUUAGUGCUGUCUUGUCUCCUUCUGCACUGAAGUGAAGGGAAAAACUCCCGAACAAGUAGCAUAUAUUCCCAACGCAUUAUUCACAUCAGUACAGAUGAAGGUUCAGGAGAGGAAACUAGUUUAAACAAAUCACCCCGCGACGGUCACAAGUUCAGGGAGUCGACGGUGGUUUUCUAUUUGUUCUGCAGUCGGUGUUUUGUACCGCCAGGCGUUGUUUUGAGAAGGGCGGUUACGACAGAAACCGGGCGACGUGGAAGCGUGGAGAAUGUCAUGUACGCGCGUCUCGCUUGUGAUCAACAGGGCUUCUUCCAAUAGUUUUUAAAAACGGAUUUUCAGUACAGAUAAAGGUGUAUUUUAAAUAGUAGAGAGGAUAAAAAAAACAACUGACAUUCUUAAUAUCGUGCAUAAAUUAAGAUCUAUAGCCAUGGAUGAGGCAAUAGCGAUUAUUUUAAUAUCCGGUGCGAUGUUUUUGGGAUGUUUUCUAUUAGGUUUGAUUCCACUUCUGAUGAAACUUUCUGAGAAGAGGCUGCAGUUUGUUAGUGUAUUCGGGGCAGGCCUGCUCUGUGGUACAGCUCUAGCUAUCGUCCUCCCAGAAGGGGUGGAACUACUGGAAGAGUCAUGGAGAGUCUCCUCCUGCUCUGUCGCCCCAGCAGCAGCCAAUCAGAAUGCCAGUGAUGUUGGGGUCGGGCAGCAGCUCCAGGAGGAGGACCCCCCCUCUAAAGGUCUCCCAGCACGGUUCUUCAUCGGGGUCUCCCUGGUCGUAGGGUUCAUCCUCAUGUUCCUGGUGGACCAGAUCAGUAGCUACUGCUCCGGACACGAUCCACGGACUGGGAUGUCCAACAGGACCAGUAUCACAGCUACACUAGGACUGGUUAUCCAUGCUGCUGCUGACGGUGUAGCGUUAGGUACAGCCGUGGCUUCCUCCCAGGUCACAGUUCAAGUCGUGGUGUUCCUGGCUGUGAUUCUGCACAAGGCUCCUACAGCAUUUGGUCUGGUCACCUUUCUGAUGCAGGCAGGUGUAGAGAAGAAGCAGAUUCAGAAGCAUCUCUUGGUGUUCUCUGCUGCAGCACCUGUUCUCUCCAUUGGUACAUACUUUAUCCUGAACGCGUGUGGUGGUUCGCCCCAGAACCGUCUGAGUGCUGUGUGUUUCUCCCUCCUACUGCAGUGUGGUGGUUCGCCCCAGAACCGUCUGAGUGCUGUGUGUUACUCCCUCCUACUGCAGUGUGGUGGUUCGCCCCAGAACCGUCUGAGUGCUGUGUGUUUCUCCCUCCUACUGCAGGGUGGUGGUUCGCCCCAGAACCGUCUGAGUGCUGUGUGUUUCUCCCUCCUACUGCAGUGUGGUGGUUCGCCCCAGAACCGUCUGAGUGCUGUGUGUUACUCUCUCCUACUGCAGGGUGGUGGUUCGCCCCAGAACCGUCUGAGUGCUGUGUGUUUCUCCCUCCUACUGCAGGGUGGUGGUUCGCCCCAGAACCGUCUGAGUGCUGUGUGUUUCUCCCUCCUACUGCAGAGUGGUGGUUCGCCCCAGAACCGUCUGAGUGCUGUGUGUUUCUCCCUCCUACUGCAGAGUGGUGGUUCGCCCCAGAACCGUCUGAGUGCUGUGUGUUUCUCCCUCCUACUGCAGUGUGGUGGUUCGCCCCAGAACCGUCUGAGUGCUGUGUGUUUCUCCCUCCUACUGCAGUGUGGUGGUUCGCCCCAGAACCGUCUGAGUGCUGUGUGUUUCUCCCUCCUACUGCAGUGUGGUGGUUCGCCCCAGAACCGUCUGAGUGCUGUGUGUUUCUCCCUCCUACUGCAGUGUGGUGGUUCGCCCCAGAACCGUCUGAGUGCUGUGUGUUUCUCCCUCCUACUGCAGUGUGGUGGUUCGCCCCAGAACCGUCUGAGUGCUACAGGUGUUGGGAUGCUCUUCUCCGCUGGGACGUUCCUCUACGUAGCUACAGUCCAUGUACUACCAGAGAUCAGCUCCAGGGGGCAGCAGAGCUCUCCCCACCUCCACGGGACUGGGAGCGGGCAGCUGGAGGUCCUGGAGAGCCUCACGCUGAUACUCGGAGCAGGACUACCUGUGUUACUGGCCCUGGGACUACGUGAUGACUAGUCUUGUGAAUCGACGCUAUCCUACCAAAUCUUGUUCAUAACUCAGCUAUUGAUAAUGAACAUUGAGAAUGAAUGUGAAGGAAGCCUGGAAAUCAAGUCUAUAACUAAGACCGACUAGUUAACGCAAAGAAGACAACCCACAACAUGUUACCAAACAUUCAUUUACACUGGAGUACACCUCAACUCUUACAUAGCUAGAGAUCAAUUGGGGGUGAUUCUGUGUGUGUGAUGCAGUACGUGUCAGUGUCUUUCUCUGAGAGGUCAUAAGGACAUGGGCUUUGAGCAAGCCAACAAAGGUAGGAAUAGUGUGUGUGUGUGUGUGUGUGUGUGUGUGUGUGUGUGUGUGUGUGUGUGUGUGUGUGUGUGACUCUGGUGUAUAGAGCUUUUGUAAUAGUUUGUCUUGUCUGAAAAGAACAUGAACCAUUUCUUGUAAGUGGACCCGUUUUCAAAAUAACCCCUGUUUCCUGAUGUCCUUUGUACCUCUACUGAACAAACAAAACAUUUGUUUAUUUAUUUAGGUUAGCCAAAAAAAUCCCCAAAACCAGAUUUGAAUCAAAUGGAUAACAUUUCGUCUUUUGUCAUUUCUGAGAAAUGUUUUGGCUGGGUUGUGUAAGGUGCUGAAGUAUUCAGGGCAGGUUGUGAAAAGCUAAAAAAACCACAAAUAAUAAUUUAAAUGUUGUCAUAACGACGUGGCCUAAAUGAACCACAAUAUAGUGAUGAUUCAUUGAUUUUAUAUUGGAUGUGAUCAAGAUAUAGACAAGGAGAGAUUUUAAAAAAAUAAAUUUCUACAUGGUGUACUAUAGCCAGGACAAUGUUGUCUGGUUACCAGUCUGUUUAGAUAUCGUAACACUCCUUGGCAAUCUGUGUCAAAUGCUAAACAUCUUUAUAACACAGAGUACCCUAAGUUGAAUAUUAUCCAAACAGAUUGUUACCCAGGCUAAGGACAAUGGGCUGUAUUUUUAAUGAAUACUUUAUCAUAACAAUCAUAGAUAAAAAUUUAAAAAAAGGUUUUUUAAAGUACAUGACUUGUAAAUUGCUGAUGAAUAAAGUUAGAUUGUAUUGAA